AUGCUCUACGAUGGAUAUGACCAAUACAACAACAAUGACCGCACCGAUGUUAUCGUCGUGUCUCGGUCAGGUUCCGAGGAUGAMCCCGAGUCCGAGCCACUUGCAAAUGACUUUCCGGCUAUGAUGGCACGAGUCCUUCCAAAGGACCCCGAACUAGAGACCGAAGCCGAGGCUUAUAACACAUGGCAUAUUAAGGACUGGCGGAAGUUGAAAAAGAAGGAACAUGGACCUGUUUUCGAAUGCGGAGGAGCUCCAUGGCGAAUUCUCUUCUUUCCUUACGGCAACCAGGUUGAUCAUGCUUCAUUUUACCUCGAGCAAGCUUGGGAAAAAGAUCCCCCGGAGAACUGCGCACAAGUUGCCACGCAUAGAUUCAAUGCCGAGGAAGCCGACUGGGGCUUCACACGUUUUGCCGAACUGAGAAGGCUCUUCCACAUGGGCUUUGAGGGCCGAGGAACUCCUCUGGUUCAAAAUGAUGAGGCUAUGGUGACUGCCUAUGUGCGGAUCGUGAAGGAUCCCACGGGAGUUUUGUGGCAUAGCUUUCAAAACUACGACUCAAAGAAAGAAACCGGUAUGGUCGGUCUGCGAAACCAGGGCGCAACAUGCUAUCUGAACUCUCUGCUUCAGUCAUUGUAUUUUACAAACGCAUUUAGAAAGGCUGUAUAUCAAAUCCCGACGGAUGAAGAGGCGACACGAGAAAAUAGCGCAUGGACCUUACAACGGCUGUUCUUCAACCUUCAAACUAGUGAUAUUGCCGUUUCUACCACAGAACUCACGGCGUCUUUCGGCUGGGAAUCUCGACAAAUUUUCGAACAACAAGACGUUCAAGAGUUGUGUCGCAAACUGAUGGAAAGACUCGAGGAAAAGAUGAAAGGAACGCCUGCCGAGAAAGCACUACCGGAUCUAUUCGUCGGAAAGACAAAAACAUAUCUAUCGUGUAUUAACGUCAACUAUGAGUCCUCUCGUGUAGAAGAUUUCUGGGACAUCCAACUCAACGUUCGAGGCAACAAGACACUGGACGACAGCUUCAAAGACUACAUACAAGUCGAAACGCUUGAAGGUGAGAACAAGUAUGAUGCUGGCUCGCCAUAUGGUCUUCAGGAUGCCAAGAAAGGCGUGAUAUUUGAGAGCUUUCCUCCGGUUUUACAUCUCCAUUUGAAAAGAUUUGAGUACGACAUCAACAGGGAUGCCAUGAUGAAAAUCAAUGACCGUCACACCUUCCCCAUGGACAUUGAUCUCAGUCCUUAUCUUUCAGACGAAGCAGACAAAUCCGAGUCCUGGGAGUAUCAGCUUCAUGGAGUUCUUGUACACAGUGGAGACUUCAAUGCCGGCCAUUAUUAUGCAUUUUUGAAGCCUACGAAGGAUGGCAAUUUCUAUCGUUUUGAUGAUGAUAAAGUCAUUCGUGCUACUGACAAGGAAGUUCUCGAGGAAAAUUUCGGCGGAGAAUAUGAUUUAUCUAACGGUUCAAUGGCUAUGAAGCAGCAAUACGCCAGAGGUUUGUCCACAAAGCGCUCGAUGAAUGCAUACAUGUUGGUCUAUAUUCGGAAAACACGACUGGACGAUGUGUUACUUCCUAUAACCAAAGAAAGUGUCCCAUCACACAUAGAAACACGCUUAGUAGAAGAACGUGCUGAAUUGGCCCGAAGAAGGAAGGAAAGAGAGGAAGCCCACUUAUACAUGAAUGUCGGGGUGCUUGAUGACACGACUUUCCGAGCCCAUCAUGGAUUUGAUCUGACUAGUUCUGAUCUUCCAAGUGGAGAUGCCGCCUUACCCAAGUCAUAUCGCAUUCUUCGUGCAAAGAAGGUUAGCGAGUUCGCUCAGGAGCUUGCUGAGGAGAAAGGGCUGAAUCCGAAACAAGUCCGCCUUUGGGUUAUGGUAAACCGACAAAACAAGACAAUCCGUCCUGAUCAGGUAAUCCAGAACACAGAUAUGACCAUGGAGGAAGCCUGGAGCCGACUUUCCACCAAGAACAAUCCUCUCAAAGUGUGGAUGGAAGUUGGUGAAGCUGGGUCAGAUGGCACUGUGUCGUGGCCAGAGGCUGGCUCCUCUGUCCUCAUUUUCUUGAAACAUUUCGACGUGCCUAGUCAGACUUUGACAGGUGUUGGAUCCGUCUAUGUUCGUAAGAAUCAAAAAGUGGCAGAUCUUGCACCAACGAUUCUAGAAAAGAUGGGUUGGACAGCGGGAACCGAAUUUCUACUUUUUGAAGAAAUCAAACACACAAUGGUUGACCCAAUGAAGCCGAAACAGACUUUCCAACAGUCUGAAAUACAGGACGGAGAUAUCAUUACCUUUCAACGAGCGUACAAAGAAGCCGACCUCCCUCCUACCGCACUAUAUACUGAGACUCGGCAGUAUUACGACUAUCUUUUAAAUCGCAUGAAAGUGAAAUUCGCUCCUCUGAAGAGACAGGGAGACGAGUUCGUCCUCACACUUAGUCGAAAGAUGACAUACGAUCAAUUCGCAAAGAAAGUUGGCGAGCAUCUUGGCAUCGAUUACAGCCAUCUUCGAUUUUAUCCUGUGCUCGCAACCAACGCGAAACCAAAACCACCCAUCAAGCGAACGAGCAACCAGACAUUAUAUCAGAUUUUAAACGGACAGUAUGGAAGUUAUGGAUACAGUAUGCAUUUGCCAGAUGCGCUCUACUACGAAGUUCUCGACACGAGUCUUAGUGAAUACGAGACUAAGAAGACGCUGAAAGUGACUUGGCUCAUUGACGGUAUCAACAAAGAGACCGCUUAUGAGCUGUUAGUACCUAGAACAGGCACUGUCAGCGACGUGUUAGCUGCUCUUCAGAAGAAAGCAGAUCUCGAUGAUGAAUUUAUGCAGGCUGUCCGAAUCUACGAGGCACAGAAUGGCAAGCUUCACAAGGAACUCCGACAUGACCUUACUAUCACUGGAUUGAAUGAAUACGUGUCGCUUUACGCGGAGAAAAUCCCAGAGGAAGAGCUCAAUAUGCAAGGCGAUGAGCGCCUCAUUACGGCAUUCAAUUUCGACCGGGAACCCACCAAGUCGCAUGGCAUUCCUUUCAAAUUCGUCGUCAAACCUGGCGAGAUAUUCAAGCAGACCAAAGAACGAUUAUCGAAACGAACUGGCAUCAAGGGCAAACAAUUUGAGAAGAUCAAGUUUGCCGUUGUUCCUCACGGGAUUUACCAGAAUCCCAGAUAUCUAGAAGAUGAUGACAUCCUCUCAGACGUGGCCACGGAAGCUAAUGAUACCUUGGGGCUUGACCACGUGAACAAGAACAGAAGCUUUUGGAGAGGCGAGACAUUUUCUAUCAAAUAA